UUCUGCUACUGGCUGGAGAAGAGAAGACUCUCCGGUUUUUUCGUUUUAUAAAUUUUCGGUUAAAAAUGCCGUAUAAAUAGAGUGAGAAGAGUGAGAGAUUUGUGGAGAGAGAAAAAAAGACUGAAAUUGUGACAGAGUUUCAUAUAUUCUGGAUAAAUAUUGCAUCCGGCCUGACUGCACUGCGAUGACAAAAUUUAACUAAUAGUUUUGUGGUUUGAUUAACCUAUUUCUUAUCAGCUUAGCUUAGCUCCAGGAGGAGUGUACAGAAAAAAUUGUGGUGGUGGGAUUUUUUGUUGAGAAACAGAGGAAGUUGACAGUUUUUGAGUGAGAGAGACGCCAGACGAGGAAAUUUCGUUUGCGUUAUAAAAUAAAACUCUGUUGUUUCUAAUGUGCAUUUAAUGGGAGUAGUGUAAGUGAAGUAGGUUUAAUUGGAGCAUGUUUGGAUCGUGGAUAUGAAUAUAUAAAUUAAUUAGAGAACUGCGUACAAUUAGAAAAGCGGAGCAGGAGAGUGGUUGCAUAAAAAGCCACCAGAGUAGUGCCCCAUCAAUCAAUCAAACCAAUCCAUCAUAUAAAAUCAUCAGCAUCAUCUCUUGAAAUCAAUAUAGAAAAGGAAUCUCGUGAACCACACCCAACAAUCUCAUCCCAUAUUUCUCAUCAUCAUAAACAGAAUGGAAGCGACAAGGAAACCAAGUCUUACCAUGGACACGAGCAGUAUCACGGCUGACCUCACGUUCACUGAUGACCUCCCAGAAAAUGAAGAGUCCUUCGUCGACGGACAAAUCACCACCUCCUCCAAAAUGACAAAAAUCGCAGUCAGCUCCGGUCUCAAAAAGAUGCCUUUUUACCAACACCUCCGCCAUCAAUUAAGUGAACAAUUAAAGUCAUUGGAAUCUCGAUUGGAAGCUCAGUUACUUAUAACGUCAGAAUUGCAAGAGUACUUUAAGAAAAAAUCGGAAAUCGAGGCAGAAUUUAGUAAAAUGUUGGACAAAAUGUACAAGGGGUGUGCCAACUGGAAGAGGAAGGACUCGACCACUUGGACCCCCACGAUGUUGAAUUCAUUAAUGCUCAAUUUUUUAAAUGAGACUAAGAAGGAGGCAAAAGAGAGAUUAGUUCUGAGCGAGAUUUGUGGUUUGAUUGUUAACAGACUUGGACUGAUUUCGGAAGAUUUAACUAGAAUUUUCAAGCAGGUCAUUCAAGUCUGCUCUGAGGGUCAGGAAGAGUUAGUGAAAGUGCUACAAGAAUUAUACCUCAGUUCCAAAUCCUAUCAAGGACAGAAUAUCGAAUGGAAACAGGCCGAAGCGAAAUUGAAGAAUGCGGAAAAUCAGAAAACUAAAGCGGAAAGUGGGCUUUCCAGGGAGAAAAUUGAUAAGAGCAAAAAAUGUAAAUCACUAGAAAAAGAGGUGCAAAAGCGCCUUCGUAAAGCUACAGAUGCAAAGUUUAAAGCUCUGAAAGCUAAAAAUGAAUACAUACUUUGCAUGGAUGCCGCAAAUGCAGCAGUCGAGAGUUUUUUCGUAGAAGAUUUGAGUGAUUUAAUUGACUGCAUGGACCUCGGGUAUUAUGAGUCCAUUUCGACCUGUCUCAAACUCUACGCAUAUUCCGAAGAGAUAAAGAAAGAUUCUCUCGGGAUUACGAUUGAUCAAUUGAACAAAAUUCUAACCUCACUGGACUCACGGGUCGACAAACAAAAGUUUCUUGAAGCGCACAAUUCUGCUUUUGUUUUACCGAAAAAAUUCGAAUUUAACCAGUUCUUGACUGAUCCAGAGGAAUCAAUUACCUCACCACCCUCGCUCGAAACACCUCCUAUUCUUCACGAGGAACUAGAGCAGCGCAUGUAUUUACUCGAGAGGAGAUUAACCACGUUAAAAAUCGAGUCAAACGAAUUAUGGAAAACUUUGGAAACUGCAGAGUCAACUCUUUUAAAUUUAAUUGAUGAAAACUGGUCCUGUAACGUCGUCAGAGAGUGGUUCGCAGUGGGUGGGAUCGCAAACAAUGCCCUCUUGCAGGAUGGAAAAGAGGGGAACUUUAAAAAUCGAAGUGACCGAGUGGAAACGGAUCAGUUUCAUAUUAACAAAUAUCGCGACUGGAUGAUUUCCACAUCAAGGGUGUCCCGACUAGAUGCAAAAUUUGACCAUAUAAAAACCGCUCUGGGUGUAAAACGUUCCUCGACCAUUUCAGAUGACGAUAUAAACUCUUCCGAAAAAAUGAAACGACGUAAACGAAUCGGACAGCGGAUUAGUUCAAGUUGUAAAUUAUUCGGGGGAUCAAUCGAAGAGUAUUUGGAAGUCAACAAGUGCGAUAUUCCACUAAUUGUCAAGUCAUGCGUCAGAGUCGUCAAUCUUUUUGGGAUGCAUCAUCAGGGCAUCUUUAGGGUUUCGGGGAGUCAAGUGGAAAUUAAUAAUUUCCGGGAUGCUUUUGAACGGGGAGAGGAUCCACUGUGUGAAUUGACGGAUGCGAGCGAUAUCAAUUCCGUGGCAAGUUUGCUCAAGUUAUACUUGAGAGAAUUAAGGGAACCAAUUUUUCCUCUAGUGUUUUUCGACUAUUUUAUGGAAGUUGCUCAAUUGGACGAUGAUAAAAUAUUUGUACAACGGAUGCGAGAUUUGGUCACGAAAAGUAUUCCACGGCCAGUUUUUAUCGUACUGAGAUAUUUGUUCCAUUUUUUGAACCAUCUGAGUGAGUACAACGAAGAAAACAUGAUGGACCCGUAUAAUAUCGCAAUCUGUUUCGGUCCAACGCUAGUCCCAGUUCCAGAUGACAAGGACCAAGUUCAAUUUCAAAAUUUGGUUAAUGAACUAAUCAAGAACGUAAUUGUUUUUGCACAUGAGAUUUUUACAAACGAAUGUGGAGGAGAACUUUAUCGCAAGUAUUGUGACGAUGCGACGACAUCCUGUUCGACAUCGACGCCUGGAGGGGGUCACUCCUCUUCCCACCGUGCCAUAAUGACCUUUAGUCAAUGUGGGUCAGGCAAUUCGACCACGACGGAUGACGAGUCCUCCUCUACGACGGAGGAGCUUUCUUUGAAUGCUGUAGCCCUCUACGAGUUUAAAGCCAGAUCGGGUAGAGAGCUAGACUUGAAGAAGGGGCAGAGGUUGAGACUUGUGACACGAGUUAGUGGAGAUUGGUGGAAGGGGUUCAUCGUUAGUAAGGGCGGAGGUGGCGGGGAUGAAGCGUCAAGUAAUGGAGGGAACGAUACAAUUGGACUGAUUCCGCAUAAAUAUAUUACGGUUGAAGGGAUGGAAAACAGUUACCAUAAACAUGGCGCAAGGGGAUCCUCCUCCACCACUCCACCGUUGCAUGCGAAAAAAUUAUCAAUAUCCGACCCACCGCUGACUCCUACUGAAUUUUCCGCUUCUCAGAAUAAACCACCGAAAUAUACAAAACUCGACCAACAUGAUGAUGACCAAACCAAACCAACCUCAACAACUACGAAUAAUAAUCAUCAUAAUAAUCACAAUAACGAGACCACAUCCAGUUCUACAAAUAAUAAGCGUUCCUCAUUAGAGACGAAAUUUACCCCUGAUCUAGUCUUGGAUCUCCCUUCGACUUCAUCUUCCUCUUCUUCGUCAAAUUCUUCCACCACCUCCUCCACGACAACCGUGACCACUUCCGCAAUGAUAAAUACUACCACACCCCCUUUGAAAGUACUAACAUCCCAAAACUCUAUCGACAACGACUCCUCCCCCUCAUCAUCUUCGGACGAGUCGGAAGUAACGAUCGUGACGGGAGCAGAAGUAUUCGCAAAACAAAAUCAAUGCACGCUGAAAAAGAUUUCAACCAUUUCAAACGUUUCCACGGGGAAACCAAAAGUUAUGGCGAAACCAAAAUUACCCAAAAGCGUGGCAGUGAAGGAAGAGGCGGAAGAAGAGCAUCGAGUGCACAGAGAGGAAGAUGAGGAAGACUGAUAAGAUUAUGUAGUUUACUAAAAUAGUUGCAUUUUUUCACUAUUACAACUAAAAAAAUUAUAAAAUAGAAAAAGUUUUGUUAGUUAUUUCGGAGCGUGUUUUUGAGAUGAAUUAAAUAAGAGUGAGAGAGAGAGAGAGAGAUUUCUUACUUGCUACUUUA